AUGCGGGAGGAGCUCCCGACCUGCCGUGGGUGCCGCAAAGCCAUCAGAGAGGAGGAGCCGAGCAUUCUGGCCGACAAGAGGGACAGGUUUCACGAGCGGUGCUUUGUGUGCGCAGAAUGUGGUGAAGCACUGACUUCCUACGUCAUUCUGGAAGCCCGCAAGUACCAAUUCCAGGAGUGUCCGUACUAUUGCGAGACCUGUGCUGACAAAUUGGAAGCCAAAGAAGCUCCAGAAGGAGGCACAGCUGGCAGCAAACCUUGUGCGGCUUGUGGCGGUCCUUGUGGUGGCCGGGGUGGCCUGAUGGACGGAUGUGUCCUCCACUGGAAGUGUUUCCAGUGCAGCAUGUGCGGCAAAGCCGAGCAGGCGCCAGCGGAUGGACGAAUGCAUGCAGUGACACUGCUGCGGAGCAAGGUUGGUGCCUUGCUACAGGGAAAGUACGUGUGCGCAUCGUGCGACGCUGUGGGAAAGAAGGUUACCGGCUACGUGAGCCAGCGGGAAGAGCAGUGCGCUCCGGCGACCGGGACCACGGGCCGCUUCCUGACCUUGGAGGAGCUGAAGGAUGCAACCGUGUGGAAGUCGCUGGGAGUGGAAGCCAGCUGCCGCGAGCAGAUGCUGAGCGACGACGACUUUAAAGCUGCCUUUGGAUCCACGAAGGAGGAGUUCCAGAGACUGCCGGGGUGGAAAAGGACGCAAAAGAAGAAGGAGAUGGGAGAGACCGUGGAGUUCAUCAAGCCCGUCCGCAGCCAAACGACUUGCGAUCGGUCUGGUGGCGUCAUGGUGAACAUCAACGAGGAUCCGUCGAUCAACGCUUGGCUUUCUAGGACGGAGGCCCACAUGCAGAGCUCCCUGGGCGAGCACCUGAACUCCUCGAUGAAUGAGCUGGGAACUCUCUUCACCGCAGACGGGAAGAUCAGCGAGGAGGCCACCAUGGCCUGGGUCUCCAAGUACCCCUGCCAGGUGCUUCUCAUGGCGAUCUUGGCCGACUGGUGUCAAAAAAUCGAAGGGGCGCUGAGUGCUGGCGGGGACGUGGAGAAAGUCCUCGCGCGGGCCGUCGAGCAGCUGUCCUUCAUGGCAGGGAAGGUCAUCACGAACAUCAGCAACGACGUUCGCCAGAAGCUUGCGCAGAUGAUCACCGAGGUGGUUCACCAGCGAGAUGUCUCGCGACAGUUGAUUCAGGACAAGGUGUCAUCCCCAAAGGACUUCCAGUGGUUGCAGCUGAUGCGAAUGUAUUGGAACCCCAGCGAGCCGCAGAUUCUGCAACGCCUUUCCAUCUGCAUGGCAGAUGCCAGCUUCUUCUACGGCUUUGAGUACCUGGGAAUCGCCGACAAGUUGGUCCAGACCCCUCUGACAGACCGCUGCUUCCUGACACUGACCCAAGCACUGCACAUGCGCCUGGGUGCCAACCCGUUUGGCCCGGCGGGCACCGGUAAGACGGAGUCGGUAAAGGCGUUGGGGAACACCAUGGGAAGGUUCGUUUUGGUCUUUUGCUGUGACGAGGGCUUCGACUUCCAGGCCAUGGGCCGAAUCUUCGUGGGCCUGUGCCAAGUGGGCGCCUGGGGCUGCUUCGACGAGUUCAACCGACUUGAGGAAAGGAUUCUCUCGGCGGUCUCUGAGCAGGUUCUAACCAUACAGACUGGGAACAAACAGAACAAAAAGGAGAUCGAGAUCCUCGGGAAGCAGGUGCGCUUGAACUCCAACGUGGGCAUCUUCGUAACCAUGAAUCCCGGCUACGCCGGGCGCUCCAACCUGCCAGACAACCUGAAGCAGCUCUUCCGGGCCAUGGCGAUGACCACGCCCAACAAGACUCUCAUCGCCCAGGUGAACCUCUACAACCAGGGCUUCAUCAGCGCCGAGAAGCUGGCCAGCAAGGUGGUCUUCCUUUUCGACCUCUGCAAGGAUCAGCUCUCAUCGCAGCCGCACUACGACUUUGGACUGCGCUCUCUGAAGGCCGUGUUGGCCUGUGCGGGCUCCAUGAAGCGCGAGGAGGUCACGAACAUAGGUGCCGAGAAGUUCGGCGAGCUCUCGGAAGACGAGGUGUCGCAGAGUGAGCAGAAGAUUCUACUGCGAGCUAUUUUCGAUACGCUCGUUCCAAAGCUGGUAGCGCAAGACAAGCCGCUGAUGCAAAGCUUGAUCUCCGGUGUCUUCCCGGGCGCGGACGUCGGCAUCGUGGACAAUCAGAUCCUUCAGGAUGAGAUUCGUAGGCUCUGCAAGCUGCGGCACUUUGAGUGCACGGACAACUUCAUGUUGAAGUGCAUGGAGCUCUUCCAAAUCCAAAGGAUCACUCAUGGUGUAAUGCUGGUGGGCACUGUCGGCACAGGAAAAUCCACUGUUUGGCGAACGCUUCUGGAUGCUAUGGAGAAACUGGAUAACAUUAAAGGAGAUGCUUAUGUUGUGGAUCCCAAAGCAGUGAGCAAAGAGGAAUUGUAUGGCAAGCUGGAUCCAACGACACUGGAGUGGACCGAUGGAGUUUUUACCGACAUUCUUCGGCGUAUUCUUUCAGGACAUCGUGGCGAGAACCAGCGGCGACAAUGGAUAAUGUUUGAUGGUGACGUCGAUCCGGAGUGGGCCGAGAACCUGAACUCAGUGCUUGAUGACAACAAACUGUUGACACUCCCGAAUGGGGAGCGCCUGGCCAUUCCGCCGAGUCUUGCUUGCAGAACAAGAGGAGUUGGUAAGCGAGGCUGCGAGAGUCCUGCGGGAGUCCCUGAAGACCUGACACGAGACUCCGAGAGUAUUGACAAACACUGCACCUCUUGCAACACUUCCAAAAAACCACGGAAUCUUUUUUACUCGGAGUGGGGAGGUUAA